ACAGAGACAGAUGUCAUGGGAAGGGGAAACAUGAGCUUUCCCAACACUUUUGUCCUGCUGGGCUUCUCAGAGUUUCCGUGGCUAGAGAGGCCCCUCUUUGCAGUGGUCCUGGUCACCUACAUCCUCACGCUAGUGGGGAACAGCUCCAUCAUUCUCCUCUCCCUGGUGGACCCCAGACUCCAGUCACCCAUGUACUUCUUCCUCAACAACCUCUCUCUGCUUGACCUCAGUCUCACCUGUACCAUUGUACCCCAGCUGCUGGCCAACCUGUCAGGACCAGACAAGACCAUUACUUCCUCCAGAUGCAUCACAAAGGUCUUUGUUUUCUGCUGGAUAAUAGCCAGUGAAUGUGCUCUGCUGGCCAUGAUGGCCAUUGAUCGCUAUGUGGCCAUCUGCUGGCCCCUCCAGUAUACUCUCAUCAUGCGUGCCUGGGUGUGUGUGCAGAUGGCAGCAGUAUGCUGGUCCAGUGGGCUCAUGAACUCUCUGCUUCAAACCACACUCACACUCAGGCUUCCUCUGUGUGGACACAACACCCUGGACCACUUCUUCUGUGAGGUUCCUGUGCUCAUCAAGCUGGGCUGUGGGGACACCUCUGCUAAUGAGCUGGCCCUCACUGCAAUGACCAUCCCAUUUGGAGUGAUGUCUUCCCUGCUGGUAGUCAUCUCCUACAUCUUCAUUGCAAGGGCUAUACUGAAGCUAUCUUCAGCUGAAGGCAGGCACAAGGCACUCAGCACCUGCAGUUCCCAUCUCCUGGUGCUCACCAUGUACUUUGGGCUAGGCAUAUUCUUUUACCUCAAGCCUUCAGCCAAGAGUACCCAGGACAAGUUCAAAUCCUUCUUCUACUGUGUUGUCACACCUCUGCUCUACCCACUCAUCUACACCCUGAGAAACAAGGACGUGAAGACAGCAUGGACAAGGAUUCUGCAAAUUCAGGGCAAGGUGAUGUCUUUAAAAGCACAAUCUCUGCCUGUCUACUGA